AACAUUAACACCCAGUGAGAACUAAAAAGUAAUGGAAUAGGAAGACAACAUUUUUAAAUCACUAAACAAGUGCACUGGGUCUGUACACUACACAACUGCUGUGUCUCAUGCUCUAUUUAAAGUCAUAACUUGAGUCUAAAAGUCGUCUUCCUAUUUCAGAGUUUUCUGGUUGUCUCUGUACCUCUCAUUCUUCUAACUAAUUUGUCCGGGAGCCUUUAAAGCUAAAAUGUUCUUAUCUUGCAUCUUAAAGGAUUUUCAACAUAAUUUGGACCAAAGACUUUUGCUAAUCAUAAAGACGAGGCGUUGGAAAUUUAUCCGACUAUUGUGUACGCCUUUACACAAUAGUCGGAUAAAUUUCCUGUAUUGCUGUAUUUGACGUCAUUGGUUAUUUUGGUUUUUUGAGAGUCUAACGAUUGACAUUAAAACCUUAGUUAUUUAAGACAAUUGUGAAUGUGUUGCGCUAAAAAUUAACUAAAUUUAAUGAUAUUAAUUUGUAUUUUAAAAUUUAUUUAAGUCUUUGAUUUGGACUAUUCAACUACCUAUAUCUUUGUACCAGCUAAAAUUGUGAAAAUUAAUUCUAUCUUUUCUAUAUUAAAAUUGAUAAUUUUCAAGAUAAUUAAGAAAAUUGACAGAAUUUGUCUAUUUUCAAGGUAGAAUACCAAAGAAAUAUUACUCAAUGUUACUCAGAUACAGAUUUAGAUACAUGAUACAGAUACAGAUACAGAUUUAGAGGGUGCUUUGGUGAAUUAUUUUUAAUAGAGGUUAUCUCCAGGCCCGUAGCUAGGAAUUUAAAGGGAGCACAAAGUUCAAAAUAGCAUAGAUAGACUGAAUGCAAUGGGAGAUUAGGAAAUGUAAUGAUGGCGUAUGCUACUCUUCUGUAUCUCUCCAAAGCAUCCAAGUACGGUUUAACAGCAAUAUUAACGAAGUAUCAAGCAGAAAUGAUGGAAAAUGCUUUUCAAUCUGAUGCAUAUAUUUUUAAAGAAGGUAUUGUUGAUGCAAAGGGACCUGUGGAAGGAAUAGCAUCAAUGAACGAGUAUGGAGAAUACUUUUAUGAUUCAUUUCUUGAAAAUAUUAAUAAAUAUCAGUUUAAUAAGAUACUUGAUGUAGGUAUAUACCCUUCACCUUUUUAUCUUUUCUAUACAAUUCGAGACGAGUUGAAAAAUCACUUUCAGUUUCACAAUGAAAUACAGAAUGCUGCUUUUGAAGCUAUGGAACAGUCUACUGUGAAGAUUAGGGAGAAGUAUAAUGGCAAGAAAAUAGUCAAAAUAGCUGUUCACGCCAGAAGAGGAGAUUAUUUGAUUACCCAGAAUGAGAAACUCGGGAUUGUUAUGCGUGAUGACGAGAUGUGGAGAAAAUACUUUUUGUACUGUAUUAAUUUAUUCAGGAAUCGUAUUGAUAAUGAAACUACAAAAACUGUAUUCUAUAUGGCAAGUGAGGACACUAAGUGGCUCAAAGAUAACUUUGGUCAAGAACCUGAUAUUGGAUUUCCAGGAGAAAUAUCAAAUCUUCCAGGUAUUGGAUUUCCAGGAGAAAUAUCAAAUCUUCCAGGUAUUGGAUUUCCAGGAGAAAUAUCAAAUCUUCCAGGUAUUGGAUUUCCAGGAGAAAUAUCUAAUCUUCCAGGUAUUGGAUUUCCAGGAGAAAUAUCAAAUAUUCCAGAUCAAAAGAUGCCCCCGAGAGAUUUAUUUAUGUUAAUACAAUGUGAUCAUAUGAUCAGAUCAUAUGGUACUUAUGGCUUAUGGGGAGGAUUAUGGAGCACUGGAACUGUUAUGUAUGCUACCUCUGGCCAACAUAUUGUAGACGAAGAGCAUUCUAAUCGUAUCAAUAGUUCAAGCUGGGAGGCUGUUGACCUUAAUAGAUUUAUGACACCAACCACAACAACAACAACAACAACAACAACAACAAUAGCAUCAACAACAACAACGACAACAAGUACAUCAACAACCACCAUUGGUGAAACUGGACCCUGAAUGAUUAGUCAGUGCCCCACCCCCCAACUCAGGGGGGGGGCACCCAUACAAAAAAAAUACUUUAAAAUCUCAUUUUUGCCUUCAACUGAAAAAGUUUAAUU